CGCGUGACGUCACAAGCAUGCGCCGCUCUGCCGUGUUUCUGAUCCGGCUAAGGAAAGAGCAUCUAACAAACAAAGAUGGCAGUUGUGAAAGAGGAAGGUGAAGAGGUGAAGAUUGAAGAAUUCAGCCAAGAUACUGAGAAACAAACAGACUGUGUGUUGCUGAAAGACGAGAGGCAAGAUCUGAGUAUAACAGAGGAGAAAGAUCAGAAAGAAACACAUCUAAAACCUUUUAGCUCCUCAGAGACAGAAAAGACUCCCUCAGAGGAAAAACCAGCAGCUAUCUGCGUCCACUGUGGGAAGUGCUUCCUGAAGCGCAGAGACCUUAGUGUCCACUUGCGGAUUCACACCGGAGAGAAACCUCACGUCUGCCAGCAGUGCGGGAAACGGUUCGCGCAAAGAACCAGCCUCACCGUGCACAUAAGAUCCCACACCGGAGAGAGGCCGUUCACUUGCCAGCAAUGCGGGAAGAGUUUCACUCAUAAAGGAACCCUCAGGGCCCACCAGAAAACCCAUCCCGGAGCAGCUCCGUUCUCCUGCAAGCUCUGCGGAAAGAGUCUCUCGCGAAAAGAAAGCCUUAUUAUUCACAUGAGAGUUCACACAGGAGAGAGGCCGUUCAUCUGCGGACACUGUGGAAAGGGUUUCCGAUGUAAGGUCAGCCUCGGGUACCACUUGAAGAUUCACAUUAGGAAUAACGGGUUUGUGUGUAAACACUGCGGAGCAAGUUGUCCGGAUAAGAAUCAGCUCAGGAAUCACGUGAAAACACACAUGGGGGAAAGACCGUACAUGUGCCAUCACUGCGGAAAGAGUUCACCCAAUAAAGCCAACCUUAACAUCCACAUGAGAACCCACACCGGAGAGAAGCCCUACAUCUGCCCUCAGUGCGGAAAAGACUUCACCAUUAAAGGAAACCUGCAGACUCACAUCAGAGUUCACACCGGAGAGAAGCCGUUCACUUGUGUUCAGUGUGGCGACAGAUUCACGUACCAGAAGGACCUGAAGCGGCAUUCGCAGCAGACUCAUUGCGGAAAAGCUAGUUCUUCAGCAUUUGAUAAGAUGCUAACAAAAGGACGCAGUUCUGCGAAUCCCACAGAGGAUGUGUCUGGGAGACUGUUUAAUUGUGGGUUAUGUAAUAAAACAUUUCUUUUGCCGUCACACCUGAAGAUGCACUUGAGAAGACAUGCUUUCUUGAGACCGUAUUUUUGCUCUUUGUGUGGGAAGGGUUUUAAGUGGCUCGGCAGUUUAAAAUGGCACCAGAAAAUCUGCGUUUGUGCUAAAUUAAUUGCGACUGGGUGAAGAUCUCACUUGGCGUAU